AUGACCGGACAUAUUCCAACAUCUGAGGAAAUCCUUCAGAUGGCAAAGAACGUCGAACCGGGUCGGCUCGAUCUGGAUCGAGCUUGGCCCUUAAACUGCCGCAUUCCCGGCCCCACAUCCCCUUACAAGAGACCCACAACCCAUUACAAGAGACCCACAACCCCUUACAAGAGACCCACAACACCAAAACACUCCACACAGCCAAAACCGGCACAACCGGAUGUGCCGCCUGAAGUAGAACAAGUCAAUGCUCUGCAGAAUAAAUUGCCAGAGACCUUCCAGCAAUUGGUUCCAUACUCGCAGAAGCUGCCGAAAGAGCAGACAAGAGCAGUUGCAGUUGCCUCGGAGGAGGAGGAGCAGGUCUUGAACGUGGAAGAGCAACGGCAGCCUGAAGACAUUGGAGAUGUGCAGCCCAAGCCACAAGAUGAAGCCGAGUGCCAGCAGUGGCUGCAGCAGACUAGCCAAAUCCUGACAUCCCAGUACAAGUCUCUGCUGAGGGAAGACCGUUUCGAGGUUGAAAUUGAAAAGGAAUCGACCUUGCAAGAAAAUGGCUGCCAGCGGAGCCACCCCUCAAUGCUGGACACUUUCGAGGACAUUUGCGAGGAAACCACAAGCGAGCAUCGCGAUCCGCAGGCCAAAACAUUGCGCAGCAAAUGGGUUGAGCGAUUUGGCGAGGGUUCGCGUCGAAACCUGUGCCGCAAGCUGGACACAAAACUUCCGACGGCCCGCUCACAGUUACUGCUCAGGUUUAAUAUAAUGUCGCAACGGAAAAGGAAGACCUUGGAAACCCUGACCUUUCGGAUUGAAUUGAAGUAUUCCAGACAUUUUUGCACGCUGCACUUGAACCAGACAAUCGAUCUCAAGUCGGCGGCCAGCAAACUGCAACGAUUCGGCAGCCUCUACAAGAAUCACAUCGAUGUCCUGCAAAAGUACCAGAAUCAUCACCAGUACUCGGAGCUAUGUCGGAUAUCGUGGCUCUGGCCAAAUGGCACCCUAACUACCAUCAAUGGCUGUCACGAAGACAAAAGAGAUUUGAUCGAUGUGCAGGAGAAACUACUGGCCCCCAUAUUGAAUGUUCCCCACUUUAAAGCUGCUCCCGGGCACAACGUGCAGUACCUGCGCUUGCGGUCCACGGCCAAUUUUGGCUUCAAUAUCGAUCUAAAGAAGUUCGGCGAACGCUAUGUGCUGUCCACCCCGACGUGCCGCGAUUAUGUCUCUUCGCAGUAUGUGUAUUAUGUGACCAGUGAAAUACCAGGCGUGGUGGCGAAGCUGCAUGACCAUGGGCGUGUCUACGUGUAUGCCAUGACCAUCCAGGAGGCGGACAACUUGUUGAUAGGACUAUACCGCCUGAUCUGCAAUCACCGCAUCAUCGAGUGA